AUGGUCUGUCGUCCAGUGUUCCCUUGUCGUCGGCGACUUUGUCCCCGGCCCUUCCUGGUGGGCUUGGUGGUGGCAAUCUGUCUCUUCUACCAGACCCUGACACUCCGAGGGUCGAGGAAGCUCACAGCCGCUGUCCCUGGGGCUGCCCCGAACACACCCCCCGAAACCCAGGCAGGCAGAUGCGAGAAGGGAUUCUCCCCGGACAAACCGUGCUUCCUUCCCUCCGGUAAUGCACAGGAAAUCAGAAAGAUGGAGCAAUCAAUAGAGACACACUUUGGCAGCCAUGACAGAAGGGCCAUACUCUACAGGCCUCCUUCCUUCAGCAAAACAGAGCUUCAGCUCCACCAGCACAUUCUCACUCAGCAUCGCUAUAUGGUUGUCAUCGCUGAAGAAAGGCUCGGUGCUGGCCUUGGGCUGGGGCUGCUAGAAAAAGGUGAUUUGGGCUCUUGGGAUCUGCUCAUUUGCCUGUCUUCUAGGGAAGCUGGUGGAAAACCCUGCAUAUCCAAGGAAGACAUGUGCCAUUUAGGUUUACAUCAAAAGGUAAACAUAUUACCAGAUAUACAGCAUCAGCUUUGCAGAAAAGAAGGAUUAUGUCAAAUAAUUAGAAGAUUUCCAGAAUUGCGACUUCUGGUGAGCCCCUCUGUGUGUCUGGAUCAGAGCGUACAGUUAAAGCUGAGCACUUCGAGUCACCUUUUAAAAACAGUGAAGCCACAUAUGUGGAAACCAUGGGACUGGCGACGUGAACAGCUGAAUCAAACAACAGUCCUUGCUCGACAUGAAACAAUCUUCAGAGCUGAAGAACUAUCUGUGAUUCUUAAAGCAUAUGUGUUGGUGACAUCCUUAAGACCUUUGCGUGCAUUCAUUCAUUCAAAUGGCACAGUUUGGAAUCCACCAAAGAAAAAACGCUUCACUGUCAAGCUGCAAACAUUUUUUGAGACAUUCCUGACAGCCAGUUCACCUCUUCAGGCUUUUGAUAAUAUGAAAGAAGCAAUUAGCAAACUCUUGCUAGCAGCUGAAUUAUUCAGCGAACCAUCUACUCUGGGACCAAAGGCCUUCAAUAGAUGCAGAUUAUGUUUUCAACUUUUCACUUUUGAUAUUGGUUACUACAGUUUUGGGUACCCAGUAGUGCUCCAGGUGCAUGAACAUUUAAAUUUUCAAGAUGAUGAUAAUAUGGAUUUUGAGGACCAAAACACAGAAGAAUUCCUUUUACAAGAUACUUUCAAUUUUCUCUUCUCUAAUGAAUCUUCACUUCCAAUGUUUUCUGAGAUAUUUCAGGGACUUUAUAGAUCAGGUGUUUUUAAGGGUGAAAACUAUCAGAAGGAACAAAACCAAUGCCUGUCUUUAGAGGAGAUCAACUCAAUUAUGACUUUCACAAAGGAACUUGGGAACUUGGGGCAAUUCAAACUGCUCUUUCCAUCUACUACUCCUAGGAUUCGAUCUUUGAUGCGUGAAUUUUAUGAUAGGGCAAAUCCUGUGGGACGACCUGGUUCAAUCCUGACUCAAUGCUGGUCUCUUAUAAAUGUAUUUGAACAGUUUCAGCUCCUGAAUAAAAAGGCACAGCUACAUCCACUGGAAUGGCAUUCUUUCACAGAGGAUGAGAACAUUGAAAAACCACAAGUGCCAUUUGAUGCAACGAGAAAUAAAAAAGCUGCUGUUCCACGAAUCAUGAAUGAAACCAAAGAAGUUCAUUGCAGUAAUGAUGACACACAAUGUUAUAUCAAGCAGAUCCUCACACAUCCACAUUUGGAGCUAAAUCCUGAAUUUAACCCAAAGAUCAAAGAUUAUUACUCUGAAGUCCCAUUUGAUGUGGUCACAGUGACAAUUGGAGCGGAGACUUCUAAGUGUCAGUGCAAGGUGUACCUGCAUGAUCGGGCAGGACCAAGCUUUGCCAACUACCCUCUGGGUUUGGGAAUGAACAAAAUCUCAAUGCUGGUGGUGGAUGAAUCUCCAGCACAGGGGGAGACCCUGAGCAUGUAUAAACUCACCAUCUACAGAGAAGACCGUCCAAGUCUGCCCUUGUUUGAAGACUUCACAGCAUGUGGUUUUGUGCAGGAUUGUGGUUUGCUGAUUCACCCAGAGGAAACCUGUGGGUUACAGCCUAUUUCCUCUGACUACAUUGAAGCCAUUUCACAGCCCGAACUAAAGAUCUGUCCAUCUGGGGACACAACAGGCCAAUGGAUCGUGCCUUGCCUUAGCUGUUCAGACAACAGGACCUGUGACUGGAGGGAAAUAACUUGGCAGCCCCACGACUGCCAAUACGGUGUUCUAACUAAGCCCCAACUCCAGCAGUGCCUGGGAGGAAGGAAGAUUCUUUUCAUCGGAGACUCAACCAACCGAGGAAUAAUGUACUAUCUGAUCGAAAGACUAAAUGAAACCCUGCAGGAAUGGCAGAAGGUGCACAGCACGAAAUUCUAUCACAACAUCAACGGUGGGAAGACUUUGAUCAGUUAUUCCUAUUAUCCUCAGUUCUGGAUAAGCCCUUCCUUGAGACCAACGUUUGAGAAAGCACUCGAACAUCUCUUGCAAAGAUCCCGUCCCCUGGAGAACACGGGCCGGACGGUAUUGGUCGUCGGUGGUGUUCAGUGGCUCAAUUCCAAUCACCUACAAAUUAUUCACAAGGUUUUGAAGAGGGAAAAUUUACUCAAUAUCCUUGUGAUCAUCAAAACUUUGGGAAUUGGAUUUCAUCUCCCAGUGGAUGGAUUGCAUUUCUUGACACAGAGUGAAGUUCAGAACUUAUGGAAAGAAAAUGUGAUUAUUCUGGAUGCUGCAAAAACCUAUGGCUAUGAAGUGGUUGACACAUUUACUAUAACAAUGGGGCGAUACAAGGAGUUUUUGCAGGGCACAUGUGGAUGCCAUUUUCAUGAGGUAGUGAAAUCAAAGCUAUCCAAAGAAUAUCCCUUUAUUAAAAUGAAACAAUCAAGAAAUCAUAUUGUGGGGAAAUAUUUCAGCAAUCAAAGCAAACUACAACAACGACGACAAGACUCUGUAACAAAUUUUCAAUCACCGUAUCAUGUCAGAGGUCCAAUUAAUCAGGUUUGCUCUGAAAUCCUUCUCAGCAGGAUGUGUGCGAGUAAAAGAACUGUGUAGACUCCCUGCAGGAGGACUGAACUUGGAAUUGGAGGCAAGCCACUCACUCACCUGGACAGCAGUCUAAGAACCAAAUCCUGUACAUCACGUGUAUUUGGAUUGACCGCACACUCAUGCACCCUGGCACACACAUACACACCAAUGCACACGUGGUUAAAAAAAGUAAUAAUAACACUUUUUUCCUACAGCUUUGUAAGUCCAAGGUGUGCACUUGAAAAUCAUUUGUUUUCAAGGGGAAAGCUAGAGCUAGAAAAAGGUUACUUGAAGUAUAAUCUUAAAUUAGAACCACUGUGGGCUAGGUAUUGCAUUGUGAUAAUAAGGAGAAAUAUAGACACUUGAAUUAUGUGGACAAAAAGGAUAAAGCUCUUGAGUAUUGCAUUAUCUUUUCUCUCGGUAGACUAAUACUAAAAAGGAGAAAAAAGCAGUUACAUUCCACUUGCAAGUAGGGAUUGUGUUUGUGUCCUUUACCAGGAGAAAAAGUGAUGUUUAUGAUGGCUUAGGCUUUGUGACUCUAAUGCUUAGGAAAAUAUUUCUUCCUAUACUUCUUAAAUUUUACAUUUGAAAGGAAAAGAACAGGAAUGCUCCACGGGGAAUUCAAAACGAUUCUAUGCAAGAGAUAGGAAUGUAAUAUUUUACAGUUAAAACACCAAUGCAUUUAACUUUGCACUCUUUGUACUUUUCAUAAACAUUCCCUCCUACCCUGUCUGUGAACUUGGAUGGGAAA